UGCUGUGCUGUCAAUCCAGGCGUUGGCUUUUGCACUGAGGAAGUGAACCUCUGUCGGCUGCCUGGAUGGGACCGUCAGUCAUAUGGCUAUCACGGGGACGAUGGGCAUGCUUUCCCUGGCAGGGGCCAAGGCAGGGACUAUGGCCCAACAUUCACAGCAGGUGAUGUGAUUGGUGCCAUCUUGAACAGGGCCGAAAAGACCAUAUCUUACACCAAGAAUGGCAUCCACCUUGGGGUUGCAUUCAAUGGUGUGUCUGAGGAACGGCUGUUUCCAACGGUGGGCUUCAGGACGAAGGAAGAGGAGAUCAAAGUCAAUUUUGGGGAGACAGAGUUUGUGGCGGAUUUUCAGAGCAUGUGGUCAGAACAGUGUGAGCGUGUUCUGAGCAGCAUAGAGAAGGUCCCUGUUCCUUCACCAAGUGGACUGGGACCCUCUGGCUGUGUGGCAGAGAUCAUCCUUGACUACUUGAUACACCAUCGAUACUGGCAGACUGCUGCGCUGGUCGCCAGAGACUUGAUGGGGGAUUCCCGCGAAGUUGGUGAAGAUGAGCAGAGAAAGAUUAUAGCCAGGCAAAAAAUCUACGAUGCUGUGGUCAAUGGAAACAUUGACGAGGCCCUCUCGCAAACGGACUCUAUAGCGCCAGGGACGCUGGAGACACACCCACAGAUUCUUUUUAAGCUCAGGUGCCAAAAAUUCAUGGAGAUGUUGCAAGGUGGCGAAGAUGAGACACACGCAGCGCUGCAGUUCGGCCGCACGAUCUUGACACCAUCAUGCAGCAAGAAGGACGACCAGGCAUUCCUCUCUGAGGUCUUGACUCUCAUCGCGUACGAAGACCCAAACCAAAGCCCCUUUGGGCAUUUGCUGAAGCCGGAGUACAGGAGGGAACUGGCGGACGAGCUCAAUAGUGCCAUUCUUACACAGCAGGGUCGGAGCAAGCGGUCAUCCCUGGAAACUGUGCACAAUCAGAUGAUGGCAUCUUUCGAGGAGUUGAGGUCCCUCGGGGACAUGCGGUGCCGAUUGGUGGACGUGCGCGGGCAGCUGCUGGACGGCUUGCCGGAGAACAACAAUGUAUGA